AGCGACACAGCGGGGCAAAGUUAACUACACCAAAACUCAAGGAAAAACACAGAGAAACAAAGGUUGAGUCUAAACAAAAAGUCCAAAACACCAGAGAUGCAAAACCACGACCUUUACAUAGUCCUAAAGUGCAGCCUGUGACCCGGGCGUGCGGGAGUCUCCUGCCUAAUGGCGCUCACGACUGCAGUAAAGGGACCGAGGCCGUCCUAUAGGUCACAGUGACAAGGGAAGCCCAUAACCAUGUUGUUGAUCCCUGUUAUGACGGGGGCCUUCAUGGACUCCUCACCCAACGAUGACUACAGCGGUGACCACUCGCUCUUCAACUCCUCGGCCAGCGUCCAUGCCGCUGCCUCCGCUGCCUCGGUGCAGCAGCAGGACGAGCCGCAGUCCAUGUCCAGCGAUGCCAUCUGGCUCUGGAUUGCCAUCGUCGCCACCAUUGGGAACAUUGUGGUGGUGGGCGUGGUCUACGCCUUCACCUUCUGAUGAACAUCACAUAGGCCUAAAAACAUGUAGACCCCCACACAUCCUGCUUUUUCUGGAUCUCUGGACCCUCGAGUGCGGCCGUGCCAUGUGGGCAGACACACAUGUACUCUCUCUUUCUCUGUCUUUCUUUUCCUGUCUGUCUCUCUGUCUCCCUCUCACCUGACUUUUGGCUUAGCGUGGGCCCCUGAGGAUGUGGAAGGUGUGAUCACAGACAUUAUUGUGUGCUAUAUGACUUUGUCUAAGUGAAAGACUUUUGGAUUCUGUGGCUGGAAGUUGGAAAAGGAGCAUUUGUGUGCAGAUCUCUAGUUAAAACGCAGAGACGACACUCAUUACACUCUCAACCAAGAGACUAAGUUACUUUUUUUUUUCAAGCUAAGUUUAUUUCCGUGUUUCUGCUCAGACAACACACUCACUUGUAAUGCAGAGCUGAGGAUGAAGAUUAAAUGGGGCUUAAGAUACGGGUUGAUCUAGGCCAUCUCAAACAUCUCCCAGAUUGUUGCUAGGCACUUUGGGGUGGUGCUGCUCAGUUAUGCAGCUGAACAGAGAUGGUGAAUGUUAAAACAUUUAAAAAGAACCGGGAUUUACUCCGUGUCAUCCCGCCUUGAGGCACAGGAAGUGAGAGCUUGUUUAAGGACUAAUUUGUAGGGUUUUGAUUAUCAGUGUACAUACUAUGCAUCUAUACAAUUUUGCUAACAGGAAAUGAAUGAUUGGACUCUAGCAAAGCUCCUUUUGGAGCUCACUUAAAAUGUCACAAAACCAUUUUUUGUCUGUUACACAAACUCAGUCUAAUACAAACAGUGACUUCAGUUCCUUUGAAUGAACAUUUUGUCAUGUACAUAAUUUCCACAUCUGAUUUCAUUGUCAUGGUCUUUCCAUUUAUGUCUCCAUAGUAUGUUCGGAUGUUAGCAAAGUAGAAUCAAAUAGAAGCACAAGAACUUGUAACAGAGAAGAUGAAGUUUCCCAUUAUGAUGUAGCCUACAUGUUAUGGUAAAUGUGGGAAACUGUAAAUGGGGCUGGCCUUGGGCAACGGAUAUAUGGGAUGCUGCCUAGGGCACUAUUCAAUUAGAGGCUGCCAAAACUGAGGGUUAUUUUUCCAAAUAAAUAAAUAAAAAAUAAUUGCAUUAUAAGAAUUUGUACAGCAGUGGCACACAGAGAGAUUUAGAGUAGAAGAGGAAAAUAAUAUACAGACAAAUUGGGUAAAAUAUUUGCAAAUUUGGGUUGCCAUUCAAAUACUUUUUUUGUGCCAUUAUGAAAAUUCUGGGUUAGAGUAAGUAACUCUAUAUUUCCCAGACUUUGAUUUUGCAAAAA